GAAUCCUUCCAGUCGAUCUAGAUAAUGAUGAAGUGCUUGACGUUGAUGAAGAUAAUGUUGAAUUGAUAGAAGAAUUACGUGAAAAUAUUGAAGAAAUAGUGAAUUUGGUUACUAACCCAGAACCUGAGGAGGAUAAAAGUGAUAAGGAUAAUGAUAGCACAGAAAUGCACCAAGUUACUCAUAAUGAAGCACUAAGUGCUAUAGAUUUACUAGAACAGUAUCUUCUGCAACAGGAUCUUUGCGAUACAACCAGGUCAAAAUAUGAUAAAACUUUGUCAGACUUGCAAGAAGCGAUUAGAAAAUUACGAAGAACAUCUUUCAAACAACUAGAUUUUGAAACAUUUUUUGGGCUAGCUAAUUAA